CGGAACACCUGUCUCGUGUAGAGUUGGUCGAUUGUUUUAUAUCCACACAGAACGACGACUACGACGAAGAUGAUGUUGUGUUUACUCCUGGUCUUCACCUCCAGUAUGGCAGUGGACUGUUGGGAGUUGUGGCGGCUAACCGAUAUUCCUCAUGACUACGUCCGAGCGUUCAGCGCGUCCCACGUCAGCGACCACGGACCCAGCGCCGUCGUGCGCGACCCAGAAGGGGGAGACAACCACGUCUUGAAGGUCACUUACCACAAAGGGAGCUGGAGUACCCACGGUCACACGACCGGUUUUCUCCAGUUCGACGCCACGCCGGUCCAACCCCUCUCGGCCAUGACCUUGAGCUACGACAUUUACUUUGCUCCCAAUUUUGAUUUCGUCCGUGGAGGGAAGCUGCCCGGAUUGUACGGCGGGUCGAACCACUGUUCCGGCGGACGCCAUUCUGACGACUGUUUCUCCACCAGGUUCAUGUGGCGUAGUCAUGGAGACGGCGAAGUUUACGCAUAUAUCUCUCCGCGAGACGAGCAAGUCCCUGGAUUCUGUGACGACAAACAUUGCAAUUCGGUUUAUGGCUACUCCCUAGGGCGGGGCGAUUGGCGUUUUAGGAGGGGUGAGUGGCAGAAUAUUGCCCAGUACGUGAAGCUGAACACCCCAGGUCGAACAGACGGCGUCAUCAGGGUGUGGUUCAACCACAAACUCGUCUACGAGGAGGAAAACGUCAGCAUCCGCCAGACAGACAGCGUCAAGAUCGACGGCAUCUUCUUCUCCACGUUCUUCGGCGGCGGCGACAGCAGUUGGGCCUCAACACGUGACACGUUCACGUGCUACAAGAACUUCGUGUUGUCGACCAACGCGCACCACCCAAUCAUCGUUGGGUAAACAUCAGUUGUUUGAUGGCUGAAUUAUUUCAGAGAAAAUUAAAAUAUAUAAUCACA